AUGAGCUUCACUCUCUACGACGCCUCCAUCGCCCAGGCCCAGGAUGCCCUCGCCGCCCUGUCCGCCAUCCUCACCAAGGCCGAGGCCCACGCCAACAGCGCCACCUUCAUCGGCGCCAAGCUGAUCGACGACAUGCUGCCCUUCAGCUUCCAGGUCUUCUUCGUCACCGACCUGGCCCAGAAGCUGGCCGCGCGCGGCUGCGGCACCGAGCCGCUCACCAUGGAGCGCAACCUCGACUCGUUUGCCGCCAUGCAGGCCCGCAUCACCCAGGUGCUCGAGAUCCUCGCCAAGGUCGACCGGGACGCCUUCAACGCCCGCGAGAGCGCCGAGGUCGCCGUCGGUCUGGGCCCCGGCAAGGAGGUCAAGAUGCAGAUGAAGCAGUACGUCACCGGCUACGCCAUGCCCAACCUGUUCUUCCACACCAGCACCGCCUACGGCAUCCUGCGCAAGGAGGGAGUCGAGAUUGGCAAGAUGGACUACCUCACCCCUUUCAUCGGCAAGUACGUGUCUUGA